CUGGGGAAACCAGAUAUAGUGAAUGCAGGGUCCGGGGAGACCGGAUAUAGUGAAUGCAGGGUCCGGGGAGACCAGAUAUAGUGAAUGCAGGGUCCGGGGAGACCAGAUAUAGUGAAUGCAGGGGUCCUGGGAGACCAGAUAUAGUGAAUGCAGGGUCCGGGGAGACCAGAUAUAGUGAAUGCAGGGUCCGGGGAGACCAGAUAUAGUGAAUGCGGGCUCCGGGGAGACCAGAUAUAGUGAAUGCAGGGUCUGGGGAGACCAGAUAUAGUGAAUGCAGGGUCCUG